UAACAGCACAAGAAAACCAUUUUUGAAGUUCAGAGAAAAUGGGGUCUCUAAUGGCCUCUAUUACUCUCACUCUUGUGUUGGCAUUAGUGUCUCUAAGCUUGCCAUCCCAAACCUCUGCUGAUAACUACCCCUAUCCAUCUCCUCCACCAACCCCUUACUACCACCACUCACCACCACCACAACAAUACUCACCACCCAACCAUCCUUAUCACUACCCUUCACCACCACCACCAGUUUACAAGUACAAGUCUCCACCACCACCAGUUUAUAAGUACAAAUCUCCACCACCACCGGUUUAUAAGUACAAGUCUCCUCCUCCACCAGUUUACAAGUACAAGUCUCCACCACCACCCUACAAGUAUCCUUCUCCACCACCACCACCAUAUAAGUACCCAUCUCCUCCACCUCCAGUCUACAAGUACAAGUCACCUCCACCACCAGUUUACAAGUACAAGUCUCCACCACCACCCUACAAGUAUCCUUCUCCACCACCCCCACCAUACAAGUACCCAUCUCCACCACCACCGGUUUACAAGUACAAGUCACCUCCACCACCGGUUUACAAGUACAAGUCACCACCACCACCCUACAAAUACCCUUCUCCUCCACCUCCUCCAUACAAGUACCCAUCUCCUCCACCACCAGUUUACAAGUACAAAUCUCCUCCUCCUCCUUACAAGUACCCAUCUCCUCCACCACCACCAUACAAGUACCCUUCUCCUCCACCACCACACUAUGUCUAUGCAUCACCACCUCCCCCUCACCACUACUAGGCAUCAUUUACUAUACCAACCCAUGGAUCUGAAGAAUAACGUGUGCAAAUAAAGGGGAUGGAUUGAUGGAAGGAAGAAGCACCGUAGGGUUUAUGCAGUGAAGAGAGGAACGUGUUUUACGAAAGUUGUGUUUAUUUGGUUUCGCUUUGUUUUUUAUUUUGUAUUUUAAAUAUUCAAUGUUUUUAGGCACUGUUCUGAUCUGAUGAUCCACGUGGUCUUGCCCCAGUUAUCAUAUCAUAUAAUAAAUAAAUACCCUCAUUUUUUU